AGCUAAUAAUUAAAGCUCAAAGUGAAACAUUCUAUAUAUGUGACUUGGCAGUCAGGUAAGAGACUCAGUAGUUUUCCUUAGCAUGUCAUCUGAAGACAUCGACCAGUGGAACAAGGUGAUCGAGCAGCUGGGCACACCGUCUCAGGAGUUCAUGCUGAAGCUCAACCAGUCCGUGAGGACCUACGUGGAGAACCGGCCCCGCUAUGCUGGAUACAGCUUUGAGAAGCUCUUCCCAGACGUGCUCUUCCCUGCAGACUCCGACCACAACAAACUGAAAGCGAGUCAAGCGCGAGAGUUGUUAUCCAAAAUGCUGGUAAUAGAUGCGUCUAAACGAAUCUCGGUGGACGAGGCCCUCCAGCACCCCUACAUCAACGUGUGGUACGACCCGUCAGAAGUGGAAGCGCCGCCACCGGUGAUCACGGAUAAACAGCUUGAUGAGAGAGAACACACAGUGGAAGAGUGGAAAGGUGCAGCAGUGAGCAAUGACUCCCAUGAGCCCUCGACGUCCUCGUCCUCCACAAACGACGUCUCGUCCAUGUCCACCGACCCCACCCUGACCUCGGACACAGACAGCAGUCAGGAGGCGCCCGCAGGACCGCUGGGCUGCUGCAGAUGA